UGGUUGGGUUCCGAAGCAGCCUUCUUCUUCUUCUUCUUCUUCCUGUUGAAGUAGCUAGGGUUGAAUGCGUUCGUGUGUUUGGCGCUUGAAAAAUGUCUACGAGAACAGAGCUCUUAACCCGAUGGAGGCUUAUUGAAGAAGAAGACGAUGAUGAUGAUGAAUGCGAAUUCGAUAACUCUAAACAACUUCGCCUCCGUCGUCUUAAAGAAAGCUGGUUCUCAGAUGCAUUCAACUUUUUGAUUUAUCUUCCUAGAGAAACACACAUUUGGUGUGGCUCCUGGGAUAUAAUGGGGCCACUUUUAGAAACAUUUUACAACUACUUUAAAGACGAUCGCCCGGAUUCUCCUCUCAAGCUUCUAUGGAAAAGAGUUUCCGAAGAAUUACAAGAUUGCAUGCAAUGCAUUUGCCAGCAUCAUCAAGCCAAGGACACAUAUGCCAUGGAGUAUGAGUUGAGUUCCAUUGGUCCUCUUCUUCAUGUUUUAUGCAGCCUAGAUGAAGAAAGGGUUACUAAUCAAUUGAAACAGAUCAACAUGCAAAUAGCACAAGGGAAGUACAACCCAGUGAAAGACAGUGCAAAAGUAAUCAGCGUCAUGUAUGAGGUGUUAAUGUUUCCUGUCUUGUUGGAUGACCAGUCCUUGGCCACUGAGUUUCAGAUAUUUAUGGAAAGAGUUGAGGAUUCACAUGAACUCACUUUGGCAGGCCAUCAACAAUACCCGGGAGUUUAUGCGCUACUUUUCCUCAAGACCAGGAGGUGUCGUUCUAUAGGGUUUCGCUUAGCUGGAAACAUGGGAAAGUUGAGGAGUGCAGAGGAUUUGGAUCCUCUGCAGCCCCUGCUCAAGAAAUGCAUUGUAUUUUUAGAAACAGAAGUGGUGCCUACAAGUUCUGAGAGCUCAAGGCCAAGGAUGCAGCUGGAUCGUGCAACUGUAUGGCUUGGAAUCAAGGCAUUGCUCGGGUUUCUAGAGCCUCAUGCUUUUGAAGAAGGGAUUUUGGAGCGCUAUCCCAGCUUUCUGAGUAUUGUUCUCAACCAUAUUUCUGGCGAUUCUCUUGAAUUCUCUUAUGCAAUCAACUGCCUAAGACUACUUUUUGAUAUGCUUGGAUGUAAGCUCUGGUUAAGGGCAACACUAUCACCAAGUGUAAUGCGUGACACACUACUGGGUCAGUGUUUUCAUACUCAAGAUGAGAAGAGCCACAAAGAAAUAUUUGAUCUUUUUCCACCUUUUCUUCAGUCGCUUGAGGCUUUGCAAGAUGGGGAACAUAAAAAACAACGCAGACAUUUUCUCUACUUUCUUCUGCAUCAAGUAACUGUAAGCAGCAACUUCAGCGCUCUAAUGAGAAAAAAAGCCUGCCAGAUUGCUCUUCUCAUUAUCCACCGAGGUUACAAGAUGAACCCUUCUUGUCCGCCUUUUGAAUGUGCACACAUGUGGGGUCCUUCUCUGGUGGCAUCUCUCAAGGAUUCAUCACUAUACAGUUCUCUUAGACAACCUGCUUUUGAUUUGAUCGAAACUAUCUUAGUCUCUGAUGCAUCUGCAUUAGUGUCUUCUAUUCUACACUAUCAAAUACACAAAGGUGUUGAUAGGAAUAAGGUUGAGUUUAAAGAUGAAGAUGGGAAUGAAGGCCUAUUUGAAGAUGACGUUGAAGAAAAGGACACCAGUACCAGUUGUUGGAGUGAAUUCAGCGUUCAGGGUCAAACUGCAGCAUCGGAAUUUGGGGUGUGGAUGUGCAUUCCAAUGCUAUGGGUCGAUGUUUUAGUUGAAAUUGAUCCUGCAGUUCUACCAGUAUCAUUUUCUAAGGCGGUUUCAUGGGCUUUAUCUCGUUUUUCUAUGGUUGAACCUGAAAGUAACACUGAGACGGCUCUUCCAGUUGGACAUUGGUUAACCACUCGUGCUCCAGAGGUAUCACGUCUAUUAGGGUGGAGAACACCAUCUGGUUUUGAUGACGGUGGGGAUGGAGAAGAAUCGAAAAACUCAGUCAAGGUCAUAACAAUGUGCAUCCCAUUAAUCAGAACAUUUAGGAGGUUAACAUCCCAUUUUAUUACAAGAAUGGAGCAAGGGAAGCAAUGGACUUGGGAGCCAAGGAUGGCUGAAAGCUUAAUCCUUUUGCUUGUUGAUCCCGAUGAUAAUGCAAGGCAAGUGGGUAGACGUAUUCUUGAACAAGUUGCAAACACAAGGGGCCUUCUUUCUUGUUUGCAGUUUCUAUGUUCAUGCUCUGCGUCAAUAUCAUCACUAUAUCUUGGUCUGAAACAUGCUCGGGAAUUGCUUCUUUUGAAUCCGGUGCUGCAAACAUUUCAAAGUGUACAUCAUUUCUUUUUUGUACUUUGCAAACUACUUAAGGAAGGGGUACCAGCUGGCCAAAGCAAUGACCAUAGUAGCUUAAAGUUGUCAUCUCAAGGUGGAUUUCUACAGCAGCCUACAUUUGAGUCCAUUGACGGAAACUCGUCAAAGUUUGAUUUCACACAUUGGGAAAAGUUCAGUUGCUUAGUAUCAGAAGUUGCAUGGACAUCUUUUUGCAUAUGUUUGUCUGAAGGGAAGACAUUCAUCGACUAUAAGAUCUCACAGAUGACUUGUAUCCGAUUACUUGAAUGCUUGCCUGUUGUUCUCCAAAGGCUCCUGAAAUCUAUGCACAAGUUACCAGGAGAUUCAGACAUUUUGGUGAAGAAUUCAGUUAGCUAUAAAUGGCUUCACGAUUUGAUUUAUUGGGGGAGGUCUACACUUACCGUUGUUCAUCGGUAUUGGAAACAAGCAGUGCUUUCUUUGCUUGAUUUACUUAAGGAGUCAUGUGUUGAUAAAACAUCCACAAUCAUGGCCAUAGAAAAACUUUUUAACUGUGAAAACAUUCCAAUCGAUGAAUUUACUGAGCAGGUAUUGGGUCUAUUUGUUUCAUUGGUGAAUGAUGACACUGUACCUUGUCGCGCAUAUGAAAAAUUAAGCCUUAAAGACCCAUUGUCUCAAGCUGAGGGUAUAUUGCGUGAGAAGUGUAUGCUAAGAGAUUUACCCUUGAAGGAGUCAGAUUUUGGUGCCAAAACGGAGAGAGAGAAUGUGAUAGUUCUUACAGACGAUGAGAAUGAUGUAAGAGAUGACAUUAACACUUUACAAAGCGCUGAAAGAGCUUCACAAAUGAAUGAAGGUAGUAAAAGUUCUUCCUUUGAUACUAUAGGAUUAGUGGAUAUAGAGAGUAAUGUGGACAAAUCUUGUGCGAUCAAAGGGAAACUUUUACAAGACACAAGUAAAGAAAAAUCUUAUGCCGCACAGAGGACGAAAUCAUGUGUAGAAAAUCUUAGUUCCAAGAGCUUGAAGAAUAUAUCUAGGUCAUCUUCUAGCCAAAGUAUAAAAAAGGAUUCAGCAAAGAGUGAUAGGGUCAUCAAGGAGUUGGUAUUUGAUGCUAAAGACGAUCCAUGGGAGUUUGCACUGAAAUCUGCAAGACAUAAUAAUCAAUCACACCUUGGGAAACCCAACACGGGUGGCCCAAAACGGAAAGUCAUCCAACUAAACUUACCAGUUGAAAACAGAGUUUCUCAAUCAAACAGGCUACGUGGUGGACAUCAAAGGUUCAAACCUGUAAGGCUAGAUGAUUGGUAUAGACCUAUCCUAGAGAUGGAUUAUUAUGCUACAGUAGGGCUAGCAUCAUCAUCAUCAUCAUCAUCAGCCGUGGCAAUUGGGAAUUUGAAGGAGGUUCCUGUUUAUUUUGAAUCUCCUGAUGACUAUGUGGCAGUCUUCCGUCCGUUGGUGCUAGAGGAGUUGAAAGCACAGCUACACAAUUCAUUCUUGGAGAUGUCGUCUACAGAUGAAAUGUCAUGCGGAAGUCUGUCGGUUAUGUCCGUUGAAAGAGUUGACGACUUUCAUCUUGUUCGCUGUGUUCACGAUGACAGAGACUUAGAAGGUUCUAAGACCUGUGUUGAGAAUGAUCUUGUAUUGCUUACAAGACAACCUUUUCAAACUUCUUCCCAUGAGGUUCACAUGGUUGGAAAGAUAGAAAGAUGCGAGAAAGAUAAUAAAAGAAGAUCAAGUAUAUUAAUGAUCAAGUUGUAUCUUCAGAACGGAUGUUCUCGUCUAAAUCGGGCCAAAAAGCUUCUAAUGGAACGAAGCAAGUGGUAUAUUUAUCGCAUCAUGAGCAUCACCUCCCAACUAAGAGAAUUUCAGGCGUUGUCAUCACUACAUAGUAUUCCUCUACUUCCCAUCAUCUUAAAUCCUAAUAACCAACCUAAGCUCAUCAAAUCAAGGAUGGAUCUCAGUAACCUGUCCCAGCUAUUACAACAGAUUCUUAAAUCUUCUUUUAACGACUCUCAACUCCAAGCUAUAAAUACUGUCACUGAUAAAAGAAAUGAUCUUCAUCUAUCCCUUAUACAGGGCCCUCCAGGUACUGGGAAGACGCGAACUAUUGUAGCUAUUGUCAGUGCUUUGCUUUCGUUAACUGGAAUGAAUGCUCGAAGGACUGAAAGUUGUGAUAUGAGACCUACCAUGAAUAAGUUGAGUCAAUCUGCUGCAUUUGCACGUGCCUGGCAGGAUGCAGCCUUGGCCAAACAAUUAAAAGACGGCGAGGGUAAAAACUAUACAGCUACUGCCAGUCAUAUAAGGGGUAGAGUUGUCAUUUGUGCACAGUCAAAUGCUGCGGUUGAUGAAUUAGUAUCCAGAAUUUCCAGUCAUGGCUUGUAUGGAAGCGAUGGAUCAAUGUACAAGCCGUAUCUUGUUAGGGUAGGUAAUGCAAAGACAGUUCAUUCAAGUUCUCUGCCCUUUUUCAUUGACACUCUCGUUGACGAGCGUUUAACCGAGGAGGAGAAUAGGAUGGAUGUGAAGAGUGACAUGGAUGGGGGAGAUUCCUCAAGUGUUGUUCGUUCUAAGCUAGAGAAGUUAGUGGAUCGUAUUAGAUUUCUCGAAGCCAAAAGAGCCAAUUUAAGCAAUGGAAAUCCUGACACAAAACAUUGUCUUGAAGGGGAUGCUGGCAUGGGGGGUGAUGACGUGAAGGAAAUGUCGGAUGCAGAAAUAGGGGCGCGAUUAAGAGUGCUAUACAGCGACAAGAAAGCAGUGUACAUAGAGCUUGCUGCUGCUCAGGCACGAGAGAAGAAAGUUAAUGAGAAAAGAAAAGCUCUUAAACUUAAAUUGCGUAAGUCUAUACUAAAGGAAGCUGAAAUUGUGAUAACAACAUUGAGUGGUUGUGGUGGAGAUCUGUAUGCAGUAUGCUCUGAAUCUAUGUUAACCCAUAAGUUCAGCCCUUCGUCUGAGUCUUCAUUGUUUGAUGCCGUUGUAAUUGAUGAAGCUGCUCAAGCUCUGGAACCUGCGACUCUGAUUCCUCUACAGCUCUUAAAGUCAAAGGGCGGCAAGUGUAUUAUGGUUGGAGAUCCAAAGCAGCUUCCUGCAACUGUUCUCUCUGAUGUUGCAAGUAAAUAUCUCUACCAAUGCAGUAUGUUUGAGCGUUUACAGAAAGCGGGUCACCCUGUUACUAUGCUUACACAGCAGUACAGGAUGCACCCAGAGAUAUGCCGCUUUCCUUCUUUGCAUUUUUAUGAUGGUAACUUACUGAAUGGGGAUGGGAUGUCUAGCAAAGAAAAACCGUUUCACAAAACCAAAGGCCUCGGGCCUUAUUUGUUUUUUGAUAUAGCGGAUGGGGUGGAGCUUCAUGGUAAGAACUCCGGUUCUCUCUACAAUGAGUGCGAGGCUGAUGCUGCAGUAGAACUUAUCAGAUUCUUCAGGAAGUGUUAUCCAUCAGAGUUUGUUGGAGGAAAGAUCGGGGUUAUAACGCCGUAUAGGUCUCAACUAUCCCUGUUGCGUUCACGAUUUUCAGCUGCUUUUGGUUCUUGUAUAUUGGAUGAAAUGGAACUUAAUACGGUUGACGGUUUUCAAGGUCGGGAGGUUGAUAUACUAGUAGUUUCGACAGUUAGGGCAUCAUCCUCUGGAACAAGUGAAACAAACUCCAACGGAGGUAUCGGGUUUGUUGCUGAUGUUAGAAGAAUGAAUGUGGCAUUGACAAGGGCCAAACACUCUCUGUGGGUUUUGGGAAAUGUGAGAACGUUGCAGAGAAAUAAGAACUGGGGAGCACUUGUCAACGACGCGAAAGACAGAAAUUUAGUUUUAUCAGUUGAAAAGCCAUAUGCUUCCAUGUUUCAUAAUUCCCUAAUAAUAAAGAGUGACCGUCGUGUUUCAGAUAAGAAAAAAGGGAAUGUGGUUAACAGACAACCAAGAAGCUCUAAAAGUAAAAGAGGGUGGUACCAUAGUAAUGAUAAUAGUAAAGAAGGGAAAAAAGCAAAAGUGCAAUAUCAUGAUUCAUCAUCAUCUGCAAACAAGGGCAAUGAAUCUGAAAACAGCGUAAAGAAAACAGCCACUGAUAAAGAUUUUCGGGGUAAGAAGGAAAAACAAAGGGUUGAUAGAAAUACCGCUGUAGGGAGUAGUAUAUCAGUAGAAAGAAGCAUUGACCCGAAUCAUAAGAAGAGGAAACAACAAAGGGAAGCUGUAGACGCUCUUCUUCCUUCAGGUUUUAUAUCCUCUUCUAACAAGAAGCCUGAAUCUUCUUCAUUGAAAUCUGUCCCAAAUAGUAAUCGUUCUGGUCACGCAAUUAAACAGACUACAUCUAGAAGAAAAGGUUAAAAAAGCGUUUCCAUCUGGGGGGGUCAUCUUUUUGGACAGGAGACCUUUUUUAGGCUCUUUUUUUUUUUUUUUAAUUAUGGAACGUGGUGUUGUGACUGGGAGUACGUAAUGAAUGUACAGUAAAAUGAAGAUUGAAUGAAAUAUGAUGGAACUUGGUUUGUUCCAAAAACAAAAGACAACGAUUAACCGUUCCAUGUGGUUUACUUGGUUUGAUAUAUAUUUUAUUUUAAAUUAUUUUGAGUAAA